AUGAAGCCCACCCAAGUCCUUAUCGCUCUCGCGGCCAUUGCCUAUGCUGCCCCUGUUGCAGAGGAGAGCAAGGUCGAGGCUCUGGAAUUCGAUGAUGACUUCCCGCUCGCCGAGCUGGAGGCGUACUUUGAAAACCACCUCAACGGUCAAGAGUCUGAUACCAACUCCCUCCAGGCCAGACAGUUCAGUGGUUCAUCCUACAACCAGCUCACCGACGGCACACCUUGCCGUCCUGUCACCGUGAUCUACGCCCGAGGAACUACUCAGGCUGGUAACGUAGGAGACAGGGCUGCUGUUGGACCGGUCCUAUUUAACAACCUCGCCUCCCGCAUUGGCUUGAACAAUCUGGCUGUUCAGGGUGUCACUUACCCUGCCAAUGUUGCUGGUUUCCUGGCUGGGGGUGACGCUGCUGGCAGCAGGACAAUGGCUGAUCUUAUCACUCGGGCUGCUAGUCAGUGCCCCAGCACUAAAAUCAUCAUCAGUGGCUACAGCCAAGGCGCCCAGCUUGUGCACAACGCUGCUGGUAUGCUAUCUGCCUCUGUCACCAACCGAGUUACUGGUGCUGUUACCUUCGGUGACCCAAAGCAGAGACAGUCUUUCGGCACUAUCCCCUCGGCCCGCACAAAGAUUUUCUGUCGUUCUGGGGAUAACAUCUGUGACGGCGGUGUUAUUAUCACUCCUGCGCACAGCCAGUACCAGCAGGAUGCUCCUGCUGCCGCUGACUGGAUUGCCGCUCGUGUUUAG